GACGACAAUGGCCACCGCAUCAAAACACGUCUCCAGGACGACUCUGGUUAUGGAUGGAAUCCGAAACAGGCCGGAAUGAAUUCAAAACGUGGGACUCCGACAGUGCCCAUUCGCAGACGUGAAAACACACAUGGUGCCCCACCCGGACAAACAAGCAGAGAUUCUCCCGCCACUCAGACCUUGUCUCCUUCACCUUUUGUCACAAAGCAGCAUGUAAUCAACGGCGGGGUAUUUGCCUCCUGGUACUUCCUGGACGUCUCCAAACGCGUCAUCUUACUCCUUCGCAUCCCUUUGUCUACGCUUCUUUUUCUAUGGAUAGUCGCAUUUCUAUGCGGCUUGAUGUCGUACACCAUCAGGGCUAUGAUCAGUCCUAUGUGCUUUGUCCCAGGAAUCAGCAGCUCCUCGUUUUGUGUUCCUCCAGUCUCUGUGUCACUUGGACAAGGGCUUCCCGAAUGGGCCAACUUUCCGUCGUUGGUUAACAUGCAGACUGCGGCAAUUGAGCAGCUGCUGGAUGAAUCAAGCUCAGGAUCUGCGCUGGCUCUGCAGAUCAAGAAGGCUGAAAUUGCAACGACAGACCUGGUGACGUUGGUUGGGGUGAGUGAGCUGAAGAGUCGCGAGUCGUUGAGCAAUGCGCUCCGAUCAUUUGUGGAUGACGCUCGGAAGGCGGGUCAAUCCUUGAAUAAGCUCAAUGCCAAGGUGGCUGGAGCAGUUGACGGUAUCACCGCGGUGAAUGAUUAUGCUCUGCACAGCAUUCAAGCAGCUGCCGCACCGUCACUGCUGGACCGAUUAGUUCCCUGGAGGAAAACCAACGCCGGGAUCCUUCUUGAGACGUUUGAAGAUUCCAUGAACUACCUUUCUUCUAUCCUUCAGCGUCUCGUGCUCGAAUUCGAAGUCAACAUGCAAAACUUGUACAGUCUUGAGGAGCAGUUGUCCGUCCUGCACGAGAUUGUCAUGAGAGAAGAUGUGUCUCUGUCUGCUGCUAAAUCCGAGCUCCUUGGUGAACUAUGGACCAUCCUCGGAGGCAAUCGCAAAAAACUGAGGGGUUACGCUCAUCAUCUUGAGAUCUUGAAGGGCCUUGGCCAGUAUCGCAUUCAGGCUCUGGCGCAUGUUAUAUCCACACUACAAACAUUGACGCAGAUGAGUGAGGACAUUGAGAAUCUGAGGGAACGAGUUGCUGCUCCAGAGCUGACGGAAUUGCGGAUUCCUGUCCAUGUGCAUAUUAAAAGUAUCCAAAGCGGGAUCGAACGUAUCAAGGAGGGGCGAGUGAAGGCCAAAGAAAAGGAGCGCACAGCCGUUGGUCAAAUCUUCGGAAGAAGGAGCGGAACAUUGGAUGCGUGA